UUACCUAUGUAUACAUUGGUUGUCACUUUGACAACGCACAGCUGUCAUUCAAAACGCACGUCUCCCAGUUUAAUUGUUAUCAUGUCCUUACGUUCGAACGUAAACGUCACGGGCGGAUAUCUGGUUAGUAACGACUAAACUUUCAUGCAAAAGGAUACACUUGUAAAAUAGAAUUUAUAGUGCUGUUAUAUUGGUAUCAUAGCUCGGUCUUUUUGUACAGUCGGUACUACCCUUUUCAGGAUUUAAUGACGUUUUAUAGACUGUAACACAAAAGAAACAAUGGAAAGGAUUAUAUACCAGUUGUUUGUGGUGCUGCUGUUCGCGUGCUACAUAAAUUCUCGACCUAACGGGUCCCCGAAGAAUUCUUGUUUUUACAUGACGCCCCGCCAUAUUCACCCCCACACUUACCGGAAAGUUUUCCCGACGAAGGCGAUGGGCCUUUAUAACAUUACAACUUCCGCCGACGUCUUCCGACCGGAUAGACCAAUUCGAGUUACACUAUGGGGACCACCCUUCAAGGGUUUCAUGAUGGUGGCGGCUGAAGAGGGGUCCAAGGACUGGCCCACAGGGAUUUUCUACAGUGAUCAUGGAGUCGCGAACCGCAUGGACUGCCUGUCGCGGGGAGAUACAGUCACCCAUCUGAACAACUCGUACAAGGACUCCGUGUCUGUCCUGUGGUACGGACCGGAGAGCAUGAAUUCAGAGCAGAUCCAGUUUGUGGCUACAGUGGUGGUUAACCUGACCAUCUACUACACCAACAUUCGAUCAGGGUUCAUCCGACUCGACCCUUCCUUACAUGCUGCUACGGGGGUGGGUGCUGAUGGAGGGGCCGUUGUGGCUGUAACAAUUGAUCCCUGGCUGCAAGGUUCCGUUACCCAGGCGCCAACAAACUGGUGGAACCGAGGAGGCACCGGAAACUCGUGGGGCAGUGGGGCCAACAACGUAUUAAACGGCUGGGGCGCAAAUGCUGCGGGCACAAAUGGCGGACUUGGAGGCGGGGGAAGUGGUGGCUGGAAUCAGGGAAGAGGUACUGGAACAGGGCAGCAGGCGUCCUCGUGGGGCGCCGCUGGUGGUGGUGGCGACUGGCAGUACAGGGGCCAGGGCUCAUUGACGAGCAGCCACAUGGCAAAUCCACAGCCUACACAACGUAACCCUAAUGGCGGCAGUCUUCAGUGGGCGGAUGUUAACAAUGGUGCCGGAUGGACAGCCGGACAAGACAGUUGGGGCGGCACCCCGAUGGAGGGACCUAACCCAAACGGGCAACCAGUCUGGCAUUGGAGCUCGGGUCAGAUAACAUCACCGAAACCAAAAGGCGCUCAGGCCGUCGGUGCUGAACAAGCUACCGGAACUGGAACAGGAACCGGAACUGGAUCGCAGUGGUCAGUGAGCGCUCUUAUGGAGCUUAUCGGAAGACUGAGUGGAGCUGCGGGUACUGGUGGUCAGACUCCUGCUGUUUAAACAGGACCAUCUACAUACAUAUAUUUUAUGUAUUAUAUAUAUAUAUAUAUAUAUAUAUCAUAUUGAACAUUAGGUGGCAAUUUUGUUAAAACUCUUGCUAAGUGUACCAUUCUGUUACUGGAAAACAACAUGUGUCACUUUUAAGAAUGCAGCACGAAUGCUUUGCUCACGUUGUUCGAGGUGAUUUAUAAGUAGCAUGCAGCUAAGAUUUCACAUGUAUUUAUUCUACACAAAUAUUUGAUUUACAGUGCAUGAACACAAAAGUUUUGUAUACAUAAUGGAUAUUAACGAUAAUAUGUAUGACAAUGUCUGUUUUAAAAGUAUAUUUUCAAAUUAACAUUUUAAACUUAAAGUUAAGAAAUUUGCACUUUUUUAUUUAUAUGUCCUGCAAUGAAUAUGUGCAAAAAAUGUUGUCGUUGAUGAUUAAAAAUCAA